CGCAAUGUUUCUCGAAGAAUAAAAAGAUCAAAUUUUUUCUCUCAGCGAUGUUGAUCCUUUCCCUCUUUGAAUCGAGACUGCAAACCCUUCGAUUGCUUCGAUUUUAGUUCAAAGUUGUUCUUCUCUGAAGUUCUUCCAUCUCGGUAGUCAGUAGACUCGGUGCCAAGUAAGCUGAUGAUAGGUAUGGCAGAUGAUUUUGAAAUGGAAGAGCUGGAUGAUGAAAUGGAUGAAGAGUUUCAUGGACAAGGUUUAGGGGAAUCAGACUCCGACGAGGACGAUCAUGACCACAUUGAUGGUAGGGCAAUGGAUAUUUUAUCCACUGAUGUGAGAAGAGGAAAGGAUAUCCAAGGCAUACCUUGGAAUCAACUAAGCAUCACAAGGGAGAAGUAUCGGCAAACCAGAUUAGAACAAUACAAGAAUUACGAAAACGUUCUCCAUUCUGGACUACAGUCAGCAAAGGAUUGCAAACCGUCAAAGAAAGGAGGUUUGUUUUAUGACUUUCAGCGAAAUACAAGAUCUGUGAAGUCAACUAUCCUUCAUUUCCAACUGAGGAAUCUUGUUUGGGCUACAACUAAACAUGACGUUUAUCUUAUGUCACACUUCUCUGUCCUUCAUUGGUCAGCGAUAACUAGUGAAAAGUGUGAAAUCAUGAACUUGUCUGGGCAUGUGGCUCCCUCUGAGAAACACCCAGGAAGUUUAUUAGAAGGGUUUGUACAAACUCAAGUUAGUUCAUUGGCUGUGAAGAAUAAUUUGGUUGUAGUUGGUGGAUUCCAGGGAGAACUCAUCUGUAAAGCUUUAGAUCGAAAAGGAAUAAGCUUUUGCUGCCGAAUGACAUACAAUGACAAUUCAAUUACAAAUGCUCUGGAAAUUUAUGACAGUGCUAGUGGUGCUCCUCAUUUUGUGGCUUCAAACAAUGACUGUAGUGUAAGAGACUAUGACAUGGAGAAAUUUCAGCUUUCCCAGCUUCUUGAUUUUCCAUGGCCAGUGAAUCAUACAUCGCUUAGUCCCAACGGAAAGCUUCUUGUCAUUGUGGGAGACAACCCUCAAGGUUUACUGGUGGAUGCUCAAACCGGAAAGAUUGUCCAUGAGAUGCAUGGUCACUUGGACUACUCUUUUGCAUCAGCUUGGCAUCCCAAUGGCCAGAUUUUUGCCACUGGUAAUCAGGACAGGACUUGCCGUGUUUGGGAUGUUCGAAACCUCUCCAAAGCCGUAACAGUACUGGGAGGCAAUCUUGGAGCGAUAAGAUCCAUCCGUUUCACUGAGGAUGGAAGGUUCAUGGCAAUGGCAGAACCUGCAGACUUUGUUCACAUCUUCGAUACAGGGAGUGGAUUUGAGAGACGACAAGAGCUGGAUUUCUUCGGCGAAGUCUCCGGCAUUUCAUUCAGUCCUGAUACUGAAGCUUUCUUUGUCGGAGUUUGGGAUCGCAGUUACGGUAGUCUCCUGCAGUACGGCCGCCGUCGAUACUGCUCUUAUCUUGACUCAUUCGUGUGAGACAAGCUAACACCAACUUUCUUUGUCCAAAGUACUCCGCCCGCAGUUUUUGUUGGAGUUGAAGAUGAUCAUCUUCUUCUUCAGCAGAAGAUCAGGAAAAUUCAGAAUUUUUUUUCCAUGUUUUAUCUUAAUAAAGUGAGAAUGUGUACAAAGAAACAAGAAGUGUCAUCUGAGUGAACAUACAGAACAUUCACUUGUUUUUA